GGCAGGGAUGGAGGGAGUGGGCAGUUCAUGGUUUCAUUUGUGGCGUCGCUUUCUCCCAUCUCCCUCCUUUCUCCCCGAGCCUCCGAGCCUGUCGGUGCACGGCUGCAGCUCCAGCUUGCAUCUACCUGCGCACAGCAUCCAGCCGCUUUCCUCCCCCCCUCCUGACCGGACAGUCGCACUGCAGCACGCAGAGAGGAGCUGACGGGACAUACUUGUAGCGAGAAGUCGGACCGUCCUGCUUCAGCUGAAAUGCUGCUGACAACAACCAGACAUGUCCAGAUCCUUCCCCUCAUCUGUGCAGUUUGUCAUCUUGCCCUGGCCUUCCCCAUCCAGGCACCAUCUGCUCAUGAUGACGUGCAGCAGCUGCAACUGAACAUCCCCGUCUCAGGUCCAAUUCUUACACCUCUGGGUAGCUCCAUUUCUAUCCCAUGCCUGGUGUCUCUGUCCUCCACCUCCUCCUUGUCCCCCUCCGUGGUGCCACGGGUGAAGUGGACGGUGGUGUCUGGCGAGGUUGAGACAGAGAUCUUGGUAGCGCGAAGCUCAAGGGUGAAGAUCAACGAGGCGUACCGAGACCGCGCGGCACUGCUCAACUACACCUCCUCCACCGAAGAUGUGUCCCUGUGGUUGGGGGAUCUGCGCCACAGUGACUCCGGCUACUACCGCUGCGAGGUGCAGCAGGGACUGGAAGAUGCCAUGAAAGUCGUACAAGUGCAGGUCAAAGGGGUGGUGUUCCACUAUAGAGAUGCUUUGGGUCGGUAUUCCUUCUCCUUCCAGCAGGCCCAGAGGGCUUGUGAAGGCAUCGGUGCACAGGUCGCCACACCCGACCAGCUGCUUGCAGCUUAUUUUGAUGGAUAUGAGCAGUGUGAUGCAGGCUGGCUGGCAGACCAAUCUGUCAGGUAUCCAAUCCAAGUGCCCCGUGAAGGCUGUUACGGAGACAUGGAUGGGCAACCAGGAGUGAGGAACUAUGGAACGAUGGAUCCUGAUGAUCUCUUUGAUGUUUAUUGCUACAUAGAACAAAUUGAAGGGAAAGUUUUCUAUGACCCUGUCCCGCAGCAGUUAUCUUUUGAUGACGCUCAAUCAUAUUGUCGAGCUGCGGGGGCACAGCUGGCAACAACCGCACAGCUGUACUCAGCGUGGAGCGAAGGGCUGGACCGCUGCAGUCCUGGCUGGCUGUCUGACGGCAGCGUGCGCUACCCCAUCGUAACCCCUAGAGAGCGCUGUGGUGGCCCUCAUGCAGGCGUCAAAACACUCUACCGCUUCAGCAACCAGACCGGUUUCCCCGAGCCGUCUAGCCUUCAUGAUGUUUAUUGUUUCAAAGGACACAUGGACACUUCUACUGACUCUCCAGUGGACCACCUGUUCACAGAAGCUGAAGACUUGGAACAAAAUGUGGUUAUUCUACUGGAAAGAGAUCAAGAAAUUCAUCUUAAUCAACUAGAGAAGCAAGUGGAACGAGAAGCACAAAGCGAACUUGAAUCUUUACCCCUUUUGCCUGACUCUUUUGCUACAGAAUACCCAGUCGAUACAAACCAGACAGUUACUUCAGAAAGAACGGGAUCUUUCCGCAGCACAACUCCUGCAUUGGACCUCCAUCAGCCACGUAAUGAAAGUGUGGAAAUAAGUUAUGACCCUGAGCUUCUUCCAGAAUCAAUUAAUAGCACUAUCAACACCACAGACAUCCAUGAUUCAACACAAAACACAACAAGUCUUUCAGGUGAUUACAAUGGGACAGAGUUCAACCAGAACCUGAGCUUCACCUUUCAUCUGUCUGAAUUAGAGAGAAGCACAUACCAACCCCAACUAGAGAGCCAAACAGUCCCAGACACAAACUCUACUGAGUCUCUACAGUCAAUCGAAGAGGCAAAGCCGUACCAGGAAAGUCAUGAGACCGGUCUGAUGUUUGACAGAUCUCACACCAAUCACAGCGAGGCACAGAACAACCGUACGGACGUAGAUGCAGAGGGAGGGUUUUGGGAGGGGACCACUCUGGCAGUCAGUUCAUUGACUCAGGUAAAGUUGGAAGAUCCAGCUUCAGAAGAUCCUGCGCAGAUCUCGGUCACGACUCAGGCUUCCCAAGAUAAAGGAACUCCCCCCACACAAGAAACUCCAACGGCUGAGUCAGCCAGUGAGACCUACUCAACCUGGACUCCAGUGGAUGCAUCUGGAGAUAUUCCCCAAGAGAAAGAAUCUGAAAAGGAAGUGGUCACCUUCAUCUCAACGUCUCAGUCCUCCACUGCUGGAUUAACCGCUCAACCGCUGGGCUCUGCGGUGGCAAGCAGAGCUCCCACCACACCCCAGAGAACAGCUCCCGGUCCAACCCUCUCUUCUGUGUCACGCCAUGCUGACAAAUUGGGCUUUGAAAUCCUCUCCACGACACCAGACUUGUGGGAGCUCACUAUUUCUAGACAGGAGGGAAGUACAAGCUUAGAAGACAUUGAAGAAAAACAGGUCGAUGCAACUCAGCCUCCUACUCAGGUAGUUUCGGACAUAAGUUUGCCUAUAACUGAAUCUCCAGAGGACAUGAAUAACUCUCAUUCACCAUAUAAAUUUGCAACAGAACAGUAUCAAACAUUAGGUUAUGAAGUACCUGUUGGCACAACCAACUUUUAUGAUGAGGCAAGCGGAUAUGGCCUUGAAACAGCUACUUCCUUCUUUCAAGAAGACAUUUCCCUGACUCCUGGCGAGAACGUUAACAAGUCCAUUUCAAUUGAAAAAGAGGCUACCAUCCCCUCAACUGUUCUGGUUAUAGAAGAAGAAACAGGUGACCAAAGCACUGAAAAAGAAACCAAAGUUGCCCCAACACUUCUUGAAGGAGAAACCAAAGUUACACCAACUGUUCUCCUGGCAGAAGAAACUAAAGUUAGCCCGACAUUAGGUCUUGACAAACAUAGAGAUGUCCCAUCCCUGGUUGUUGAAGAAGGACCUAAAGUAACCCCAACAACUGUUCUUGGGGAAACUGUUACCCCAACUCUGGUACUUGAGGAAAAAACUAAGGUUGAUCCAACAGCUUUUCUGAAAGAAGAAACUAAAGUUAGUCCAACUUUGAUCCUUAAAGAAGUGAAAGUUGUCCCAGUUCUGGUUAUUGAAGCAGAAGAAGCUAAAGUAACCCCAACAGCUGUUCUUGAAGAAGAAAUAGAUGAAGAAGAUGAAGCUAAAAGUAUACCAACCUUGGUUUUUGAUGGAGAAAAUAAAGUUGACCCAAAUGUUGCAGAAGAAUCUAAAGUUACGUCAACUCUGGUUAUUGAGGAAGAAGCUAAUGUUGACCCAACUACUUUCCAAAAAGAAGAGACUAAAGUUAGCCCAACUUUGGUCCUUGAUGAAGUGAAAGUUGCGCCAGUUCUGGUUGUGGAAGAAGAAGCAGUUAAAGUAACCCCAAAAGGUGUUCUUGAAGAAGAAGAAGCCAUAGUUACCCCAACUCUGAUUAUUGAGGAAGAAGCUAAUGUUGACCCAACUACUUUCCAAGAAGAAGAAGCUAAAGUUAGCCCAACUUUGAUCCUUGAUGAAGUGAAAGUUGCGCCAGUUCUGGUUGUGGAAGAAGAAGCAGUUAAAGUAACCCCAAAAGGUGUUCUUGAAGAAGAAGAAGCCAUAGUUACCCCAACUCUGAUUAUUGACGAAGAAGCUAAUGUUGACCCCGCUGUUGCAGAAGAACCCAAAGUUGCUCCAACUCUGGUCCUUGAAACCAGAGUUGUCACUGAAGAUGAAGUUAAAAUAACCCCAAAAGUUAUUGUUCAAGAUAAAGCUAAAGUUGACUCAAUUGAACUGAAUGUUAUCUCAACUGUUACAGAAGAAGCUAAAGUUGAUCCCACCCUGAUUUAUGGAAAAGCCAAAGCUACCCCAAAAACUUUCCUGGAGGAAGAAGCCAAUGUCCCAAAUUCAGAGGAAACUAAUAUUUUCUCUGGUGUCCCUGAAGAAGAAUCCAAAGUAACUCCAACGUUAGUGACUGAUGAACAUAAAGUUUCUCCAACUCUUGAUUUUGAAGAGGAAACUAAUGUUGAACCAACUCUUGAGGACUUUACCAUCGUUCCUCUCAUUUCUCAAACAUCUAUGUGGAGUCUGUUGACUACCACAUCUGGACCUCAAGAGCAUCUAAACAGCAAAAAGGUUAGUCAGAAACCCCCCCUCUUGUCAGUGUCAGAGACCCCAAGGAGUACCAAGUCUACGUCUUCUGCCCCUACCACGACUACUCCAACACAUGUGCCCAAACACACCUGGAGCCCAAGAACCACAAGACCACCUCACAUUUUCCAUGAGACGACAGAGCCCCAGAAGAUGAACCAUUUCAUGCCACCUUUGGAUCAUGGUGUGGUUGAUCUUUCGAUUAGCCUCACCCCGCCACCCACCCUGCUUAUCUUGCCCAAAGAGAGGGCAGCUGUAGGUGGUACAGGGGCAUUUUCAGAUGCCUGUUUAGAUGACCCCUGCCUCAAUGGAGGCACCUGCACUGAGCGAGACGGACACAUUAAAUGUCUCUGUUUGCCGACGUACGGAGGAGACGUCUGUCAGACUGACCUGGAGCGAUGUGAUCCAGGCUGGGAUAAAUUUCACGGUUUCUGCUAUCGACACUUCAGCCAGCGUCAGAGCUGGGAGGUGGCAGAGAGGCACUGUCGCACUCAAGGAGCUCAUCUGGUGUCCAUCAUGACCCCCGAGGAGCAGGACUAUAUCAACAGUAACUACAAGGAAUACCAGUGGACUGGACUGAAUGACAAGACUGUUGAGGAUGAUUUUCGCUGGUCUGAUGGAAACCCGCUGCUGUAUGUGAAUUGGUACCGAGGGCAGCCAGACAGCUACUUCCUCUCUGGAGAAGACUGCGUGGUGAUGGUGUGGCACGAUAAUGGCCGCUGGAGUGAUGUACCCUGCAACUAUCACUUGGCCUACACCUGCAAGAAAGGCACCUCCUCCUGUGGUCCGCCACCAAAGGUCAGAAACGCUUCCAUAUUCGGGAAAGCUCGAUCAAGAUAUGAGACCAAUGCCGUUGUGCGGUAUCACUGCUCGGAGGGCUUCCAGCAAAGACUGAACCCUCUGGUCAGGUGUCUGUCUGGAGGCCGGUGGGAGAGACCUCAAAUCAUUUGCAUCCCUGAAGGGGGAGAAAUCAUGCAGAACCUCGGCAUGUUGCCACAAACUGACAGCGACUUUUUAGCAGCUGAAACUGAAUUUGAAGCCACUGAAGAGACACCACAGUUCUGGGACAUCAAGUUUUAACACCUCUGCUUUCCUUUUUUCAACAUACAAUUUGGUCACCGUACCGUGACAUGAUGUAAAUUAUCUAGAAGAGGGCACAAUGAACCACGUAGACAAAAAGAUUAUGGGCUAAAGUUUCCUUCCAAUAAGAACAUGCAUCCACGAUAAUGGAGAUUUCAAUCUGACAUUUCCUUAUCCCCGAAUUAGGCUAUGGUCCAUAAAUAUUUCCUAAUAUUUCUUGUUGUGGUUUUUGCUACAUCUAGAACCUUUUUCACACAAUGGUGCUAAGCUUUUAAAGACACUUUUACAUUUUUAUUGUAUCAUUUUCCUACUUUAUCAAAGAUCCUGACACCUCUAAAGUGAGCCGUAAAUUACCAAGAAAUGCUGUAAAUGUUGGUUUUCACGUCUGAAGUUUGUUUGUUUGGGUUUUUUCCCCCAACAGAAAGCGUUAAGAUCAAGCGGACGCAGUUUUGUUCGGUGGCUUUAUGUUGUAAUAAAGUUUUGUAGAACAGAGCCAAGAAUAAAUCAGUCUCCGAUUUUACUCUCA